GUUUGUUACAGAGCUAUUGAAUGAAAACUAUAUAAUAAGAAUUAUAUUUAUUUUUAUUUCCCGGGAAAAUACCAAAAACUCAUAGAAAUAUUCCAUUUUCCCCUGAAAAAUACUGAAAACGCAUUAAUCGAAUAUAUCAAUGUGUUAUGCCGAUUCUCUUGGUUCACUCUCUGCCCAUAAAGACCAUCAGCUCGCCCCUUUCUCUCUUCUCCCCUGUCAACAAACCACUAAAACAGGGCACUCUCUCACUAUCCUCAGCAGUAGGGUUUUUCAAUUGCAUCUGUAUUUUUCGUAUACGUCAAUACAGUUGCAGCUUCGCUCUGCAUCACAGCCGAAAAUGGAUGUUUAUUCGCUUCAUCUAGCAAUGGCGGCUCUCUUUGGAGCGUCGUUUGUGGCGGUUUCGGCAUACUAUAUGCACCGGAAAACUCUGAACCAGCUGCUCGAGUUUGCCAAGGCGAUAGAGAGAGAUAGAGAGGACGCGGCGAUGGGGGAGGACGGCGGAGACGCGGCGGAGCUCGUGAGGAAGUAUCCUUCCGGGAGGCGGAGGAAGGGGGACGGGGGGCCCUACCGCCGUGGUUCGGCGUCUUUGCCGGACGUGACGACGUUUCCCGGCGGCGGGGUGGGUGAGGUGGGCGAGAGAAGGAAUGGUUCGGUGUAUAUGGAUGCGGUACCCGUGGGGCUGCCGAGGCUUCGCACGUUGGCUGAAGGUGACUCUGGUAAUGUGAGUUCAGCAAACAGAGUUGGACAUCUUGUUCGGCCUACUUCCCCUAAAUCGCCUGUUGCUAGUGCAAGUGCAUUUGAAAAUGUAGAAGGUUCGGACGAUGAAGAUAUUAUGACCGAUAGUGCUAAGCUAGAAACUGCAUAUCUUCAUGUUAAUGGAAAUGCGAAUGUAUCUGAGCCCAUAAAUGCUAAUGGUGAAGCAAUGCCCAUUUCUGCAAGCAUGAUUCGCUCGCAUAGUGUAUCUGGUGACCUGCAUGGUGUUCAACCUGAUCCUGUAGCAGCUGAUAUUCUGAGGAAAGAACCAGAGCACGAGACUUUUGUACGAUUGAGAAUUUCCCCCAUGGAGAUACCGUCUCUGGAUGAAGCAGAGGUCUAUCGUACAGUGCAAGAUUGCCUUGAAUUGCGGAGAAGUUAUGUCUUUAAAGAAGCUGUUGCUCCAUGGGUGACAGAAGUUAUAUCUGAUCCCACCACUCCAAAGCCGAUUGAGAAUCCAUUUGAUCAUACUCCAGUGGGGAAGUCAGAUCACUACUUCCAAAUGGAAGAUGGGGUGGUUCAUGUUUAUGCGAAUAAAGAUGGUAAGAUGCGAGAAAACCUUACUGACGUUAUUCUUCUGAUAUUUGUUUCUCCGUUAUCUGAUGCGGUUACUUUCUUUUCACCAGCAAAAGAAAAACUUUUUCCCGUAGCUGAUGCUACAACAUUUUUCAGAGACCUGCAUCAUAUCCUUAAGGUCAUAGCAGCUGGUAAUAUCCGAACUUUAUGCCACCACAGGCUGGUUCUUCUAGAGCAGAAAUUCAAUCUUCAUCUGAUGCUUAAUGCGGACAGAGAGUUUUUGGCUCAGAAAAGUGCACCGCAUAGAGAUUUUUAUAAUGUUAGGAAAGUUGACACACACGUCCAUCACUCCGCUUGCAUGAAUCAGAAGCAUCUUCUACGGUUUAUAAAGUCGAAGUUAAGGAAGGAACCAGAUGAGGUUGUUAUAUUCCGAGAUGGGACAUAUCUGACUUUAAAAGAAGUGUUUGAGAGCUUGGACUUAACUGGGUAUGACCUCAAUGUUGAUCUUUUGGACGUUCAUGCUGACAAAAGCACCUUUCAUCGCUUUGACAAGUUCAAUUUAAAGUACAAUCCCUGUGGUCAGAGCAGAUUAAGAGAAAUAUUUUUAAAACAGGAUAAUCUCAUUCAAGGUCGUUUUCUUGCAGAAUUAACUAAGCAAGUGUUUACGGACAUGGAAGCAAGUAAAUAUCAAAUGGCUGAAUAUCGAAUAUCCAUAUAUGGCAGAAAGAUGAGUGAGUGGGACCAACUAGCCAGUUGGAUUGUAAAUAAUGAUUUAUACAGUGAAAAUGUUGUAUGGCUGAUUCAGCUUCCAAGACUCUACAACGUGUACAAGGAAAUGGGAAUUGUGACCUCAUUUCAGAGCAUCCUCGAUAAUAUAUUUCUGCCUUUAUUUGAGGUUACUGUCGAUCCAGAUUCGCAUCCACAGUUGCAUGUUUUCCUGAAGCAGGUUGUUGGAUUGGACCUUGUGGAUGAUGAAAGUAAGCCUGAGAGGAGGCCUACAAAACACAUGCCUACGCCAGCUCAAUGGACCAAUAUAUUUAACCCUGCAUUUUCGUAUUAUGCAUACUACUGUUAUGCUAACCUUUACACUCUGAAUAAGGCUGGUGAUAUUGACCAUCUUGCCGCAACAUUUCUCACGGCUCACAAUAUUGCACAUGGAAUCAAUCUUCGAAAAUCUCCCGUGCUUCAAUACUUAUACUACCUAGCCCAGAUUGGUCUGGCUAUGUCUCCUUUGAGCAACAACUCUUUAUUCCUGGACUACCAUCGUAAUCCUUUUCCCAUGUUUUUCCUCCGGGGCCUCAAUGUAUCCCUAUCAACUGACGACCCACUACAAAUUCACUUGACAAAAGAGCCCCUGGUAGAAGAAUACAGUAUUGCAGCCUCUGUGUGGAAAUUAAGUUCAUGUGAUUUAUGUGAGAUUGCUCGUAACUCGGUGUAUCAGUCUGGAUUCUCUCAUGCUUUAAAGUCACACUGGAUCGGUCAGGAGUACUUCAAGCAUGGUCCUGAUGGAAAUGACAUUCAUAAGACAAAUGUACCUCAUAUUAGACUUGAAUUCCGUGACAUGAUAUGGAGAGAGGAAAUGCAGCUGGUUUAUCUGGGCAAAACAAACUUCCCCAGGUUUAUUGACCCAUGAAGUGCUUCCCUAAUGUGCACUACAUGGAUUACUCGAUUGACCCGAGGAACGGGUGGCCUAGGUUAUUAGCUGCUAUUUGAGGAACAUGAGGACCCUAUUCCUGCCUAUUUAGGCUUUGUGCUUUGGCCAUUAUUAGAGCCAAUUGGUGAUGCAAGAAGGUUGUUCGAUAAUUCUAUGUUUGGUUUUGCAUCUCUGGUUACUGGAAAAGAGAGUGAGCAAAUCGCAAGAAUCUCAACGGAAAACCCACAGCCGUAACUAAAGUUUCUUGUGGUAUAUUUUUGUUUACUGUAAUAUAAAAACUUCAGUACGGAGUGUAGUACCAACCAGCUGAACUUUGUAGCUUUAAGUGCCAAGGUAGUAAUAGUACCAAUGCCUGCUAAAUAAAUAAAAUGUUUCCAAUGCCAGUUUUUUGUGGUUUCGAGAGGAGAGUUAGAACGUACUUGGUUGAUGUUCUGUUCCCUGGCUUUUUUUGUUUUCUGAAUCUGUUGUGUCCAUCACUCAGUCUAGAAAAUAUGAACUUUUGAGUGGUUUUAUAAUAUGAUACCAAUGUUAUGAUGGGAGUAGAUGAGAUGAUUUCUUGUGGUGAGAUGGUGAUUUAAAUAUUUUUACUAACGAACUAGAAAUAUAGUGUUAUAAUCGACCGAACCAGAU